UUCCCGCGACGACACUACGUCACUACGUAUCAUCAUCAUAUAUACGCACUGCACGCGUUGCAGCCACAACGAACGGCCGGCGUCACACACACAUGCACCGGUGACCAUGGCGGCGGCGGCGGCGGCGACGACGACGGCCAUGGAGCUGGAGAGCAACGAGGGGAGCACGGAGACGAUGGAAGAGGAGGAGGCUGCAGGCAGCGGCGAGCGUGAGGCGGUCGUCGUCUUCUUCGACGUGGAGACCACCAUGCCGGAGGGGCCCGAGCGGCGGCGCACGCUGCUCGAGUUCGGCGCCGUCCAGCUCUGCUCGCGCAGCCUGGCCGAGGUGGCGCCGCCCUUCGCCACGCUCGUGCGCCCCGCCGGCGGCGACCUCGGGGAGGGUGCCUGGGUGGCGCUCGAGCGCAAGGGCAUCACGCGCGCCGACCUCGCCGGCGCGCCGCCCUUCCGUGACGUCGCCGAUGGCAUCCACCGCGUCUUGCACGGGCGAAUCUGGGCUGGUCAUAACAUUGACGGGUUUGACUCAGAGAUAAUAAGGGAAGCAUUCGCUGAAAUCGGGCGAUCACCUCCAGAACCAAAGGGGGCGAUCGACACCUUACCACUGCUCACUGAGCGGUUUGGGAGGAGAGCAGGGAACAUGAAGAUGGCAAACUUGGCAAAUUACUUCGGUCUAGGGCAGCAAAUUCACAGGAGUCUCGGUGAUGUCAGGAUGAAUAUUGAUGUCCUCAAGUGUUGUGCUACAGUGCUGUUCCUGGAGGAAAAUUUUCCAAAAAUGCUGAAAGGUUAUCCUGGAUUCCUUGCGCCAGACGAUGUUUCAAUGGAAUUCAUCCAAGUUUCUCUCUCUCUGUCCCACCAAUUUAGAAGAAGUUUAUCUAUGAAGCACAACGACAGACCUCUACAAGUGUUUUGUGCAGAUCUGAGGAUCCACUUUGACAUCCGUCCAUGUUACCAAGAUAGUGCAGGUCGACCCAAGUUGAACAUAGUGGUUGGCAUCCCUGAGAGUCUCAGAAAUGUUCUGCAAUCUUGUGAUGAAAUAGCUGAGAGAUCAUCUCAGGUGUUUGGGAGCACUUCUGUAUGGAAUCCAGUGGUUAGGGAAUAUGGUUAUGCUCAUGCUAUACGCCUAAAUCUCACAUUCGGUGGCGACGAUGAGAUCAAUGGGACAGAGAUUUACGUGAAAGAGGCCAUCAGUGGCAACAUUCAGAAGCAAGUUCUCAGCGAGGUAGAUGCUGCAGAUCUGAGCUCUUGGUUUGCUGAAGGUAACAUGGUGGAUGCCUACUUCUCUGUCGAAUUGUACGACUACAUGCAAAAUGCUGGUAUCCGGCUGGUCGCCAAGAAGCUCAUUGUAACUGCAUAUGCAUAAUCAUAGGGCUGGAAAAUGAUUAAUUAGCUGUUAAUGCAUUGAUUAUUUAUUAGUGUGGUGUUAACUAGCUGUCAAUAAAUUUGAAUGUGGCAAAAGAGCAUGUAGCCUGGUGGUUAUAAAGAUCUUAGUAGCACUUGAGGUCUUGGACAGCGAGGUGCGAACUUAUAUCCUAUAUCGACAGCGAGGUGCGAACUUAUAUCCUAGGCCAUUUGCCCUUUCACGAUCAAUAUGAGACUAUUCAACGAUACCUUAAUUUAUGCUUUUUAUAAGUCUGUAAUAGCAAUGUAUCAUGUUAAUUAUUUGUUGCAACUGUUUUGUGUUUUAUUGA